GGAGUCAGCUAUAUAAAGUAUCACGCAGGACCAAAAGCAAUCAAGAUAUAUAGAUAGAUGUGGAGACUGCGCGCCAACUUGUUAACUUGCUUGAAUAUCCUCAUUUCCAUCUCAUUAUCACUUUUUUAUUGAGGUCACGUAACCUCAAACUUCAUUUUGAACUGAUGAUUUUUAACUGUUUGGGAGUCGAGAAAAAUUUUAAUAUUGAUUUAUAAUUAAUCAAAUCAUCAAUGGAUCUGAAAGAGAUGGAAAAAACAACUGGAAAUCCAUCAUUGGACUCUAAAAUUAAUGAAUAUAUCCAAUGGAAUAAGAAUCUAACAGCAAAAAAGGAAGUUGAUGAUUUAAUUAAGACCAAAAAUCUUAAAGAAUUGGAGAAUCUUUUUCUAAAAAGAUUAGAAUUUGGCACAGCUGGUCUCAGAGGACGCAUGGGUCCGGGGUAUAAUCAAAUGAAUGAUUUAGUUAUUAUUCAGACUGGUCAAGGGCUUGCUAAAUAUUUAAUGAAAACAAUUGUCAAUCUUCAAGAGAAAGGAGUUAUUAUUGGAUAUGAUGGACGAUACAAUAGUAAAAGAUUCGCUGAAUUAACAUCCACAAUAUUUUUAAACAAUCAAAUAAAAGUCUAUACGUUUUCUGAAGUCUGUCCUACACCUUUCAUUCCAUUUGGAGUUUUGAAAUUCUCAUGUGGAGCAGGAAUCAUGGUGACAGCAUCUCACAAUCCUAAAGAGGACAAUGGAUAUAAAGUCUACUGGGAAAAUGGAGCCCAAAUAAUUUCCCCGCAUGAUAAAGAGAUCCAAAAAUGUAUCUUGGAGUGCUUAGAACCUCUUCCUACAUCCUGGAAUACAGAAAUAAUUAAUGGGAAUCCAUUGUUCAAAGAUUCUUUGGAAGAAGUAAUGGAAGAUUAUUUCAAAAUCAUCAAAGAGACUACGAUGUAUCCAAAAAUAAAUCAAAAAUGUAAUUUAAAAUUUGUUUAUACUCCAAUGCAUGGAGUUGGAUUUAGGUACAUGACAGAAGCAUUUAAAGCAGCUGAUUUCAAGCCAUUUAUUGUUGUUGAAGAACAAAAAAAUCCACAUCCAGAUUUUCCAACUGUCAAAUUUCCUAAUCCCGAGGAAGGAAAGAGUGCUCUUGAUUUGAGUAUUCAAACAGCUGAAAAAAAUGGAGCGUCAAUAAUUUUAGCUAAUGAUCCUGAUGCUGAUCGACUAGCUUGUGCAGUCAAAAAAAAAACAGGUGAAUGGCAUAUUUUUACUGGCAAUGAACUCGGAGCUCUUCUAGGAUGGUGGAUGCUCUAUGUUUAUCAAAAUAAACAUCCUGAAAAAAAUAUCUGUAACGCUUAUAUGAUGGCUUCCACUGUUUCUAGCAAAAUCCUAAAGACUAUGGCAAAGAAACAAGGUUUUCAAUUCGAAGAAACAUUAACAGGCUUCAAGUGGAUGGGAAAUAAAUGUAUAGACUUGAUAAAAAAUAAUUAUGAUGUCUUGUUUGCAUUUGAAGAAGCUAUUGGAUUCAUGUGUGGUCCUAAAGUACUUGAUAAAGAUGGGAUAAGUGCUGGUGUUCGUCUAGCAGAAAUGGCAGCAUAUCUUGAUGCCAAAAUGAAUCGAAGUCUUAUUGACCAACUAGCCGAGAUUUAUAAAGAGUAUGGACAUCAUAUAAGUGACAAUUCUUACUGGAUUUGCCACGAACAAGAUACUAUUAGGCGUAUUUUUAAUAGACUGAGGAAUUUUGAAGACCAACCAAACACGUACCCAAGAAGCAUUGCCGAUGGAAAAUAUAUGAUAACAGGUGUUCGCGAUCUAACAACUGGGUACGACAAUACACAACCUAAUAAUCAAGCUGUCUUGCCUACGUCAAAAUCCAGUCAAAUGAUAACAUUUACAUUUGCAAAUGGCUUAGUCACGACACUGAGAACUAGUGGUACUGAACCAAAAAUUAAAUAUUAUACUGAAUUGUGUGCAUCACCGGAUAUUCAAGAUAUUAAUGUGUUAAAUAGUACCUUAAAAGAGAUGGUCACAGCCAUUGUUGAUGAGUUCUUGCAGCCAAAAAUGAAUGGACUUAUUGCUCGUAUUUCCUAAUUAUUAUUUUAUUAUGUAAUGAUCAUCAUUUAUAAUUAGAAUAUAAAUUUUUAAUCAUUUUUUUUAAUAUUAAUGAAUGACAAUAUUUAUGAUUAAAUAAAAGUAUGACGAGAAA